GCCGCCUAUAAAAGCGGCCGCCGCCGGCGCAAUGGCAGACAGCCGGAGCCAGCCCACGGAAGAGUCAGCCGACCAGUGUUUUGUGACCGGGACUACACCCUACUUGAUCGAAAAUGAAGCAGUACCUCGCCCUAGCCUUUGCCCUGGCUGCCGUGGCUGUUGCGCUACCAAGGUCUAAACGGGCAGCCUACGAGCUUCCGGACGGCGUUGAGUUCCUCGUCGGAUCCGUGAAGACCUCCUUUACCUGCCCCGCCAAGAACGGCUACUACGCAGACGUGGACAACGCCUGCCAGAUCUUCCACGUGUGCAAUGUCGUGCCCAAGGACGACGGCAGCACGGAGGUGCAGCAGUACAGCUUCCUGUGCGGCAACCAGACGGUGUUCAACCAGUUCUCGCUGACAUGCUCGCUGCCCGAAGACGCCGUCCCAUGUGGCAGCUCGGCCGACUUCUUCUACCUCAAUGACAGGAUCGGCCAGGAAAAGGUGAACCUGCACGACGACGCCGACCUGCAGCGUGCCGUCCAGGUCAUCCCCCGGUACCAGCAGGCACCCUUCAAGGCUUGAAGCCCACCGCCGCCGCCACGUUCACGCGAACGCGACACCGUAUCGUAGCCAGUUCGAAUCGAGCCUGUGACCGUGUGGACGAAGAACCGCGACAUAUCCGACAAGCCACCCAGGCAGUCACGCAAACGUCCGCCGCGUGCUCGCUGUUUUUUUUUUUUCUACUACUGUGCCUGUCGAUGGCAUACGAGGGGGUCCUGUUGGAGUCCGCGCCACACCCGCGAAGGAACCACCUCACGUACUCACGCUCAUACUACGGAAUGCCAACAACAGCUAUUCGGAUACAGAAAACAUCACCGUCAUUCCUUAUACCGCUUCGAGCAGGGACAUAAGAAAUUACGUCGGAGCAUACAGGUAGAGGGGGAGAUAUUAAACAAGAAAGUAAGCAGUAGAAAUGCGCUUUGGGUCGUUUCAGCAUUCGUAACGUACGCACUGGAGCAACGUACAAAGUUCGCGAGGGAGACUCGCCUUACAGCGAUGGCGCGGAAGGUGCACACCACUGCUCGCUUGUAUUUUAGCUCGGCUCACCACAUUGUCGCCUUCGUGUCGACGCUGCCAACGAGAUACGGAGAUUUCGUCAUCUUCCAGCGCCUUGCGCACGGCCCCUGCUUUCGGUUGUACAGUCAUAAACUUUCUGGGCUGGAGCACCGUACGUGUUCUCUUGCGGUUCCCUCCUAUUUUCGUGCUUUUCUGCGAGGUUGUGGGGUGCCCUCUGCUUUUGGGUGUAGGUCGGCUGCGCAAUCCAUUGGGUGAGAUCACAGAGCCUAAAGCCCUCUUCUUAGUCAUGUAGCUUACGCCUUCGCUUGUCCGCAGUCAUGUGUGAGCUCGUUGUACAAAACAGCAAUUUAAAGAAAGAAACAGGAAAUCUUCCUCCUUGUCUGGUGACUGUAUGACCUCCCAUGGGUUAUUUAGUAAAUAACGAUUUUUUUCUGUUGCCACAGAUUCCACGAAACUGCGAUGUCCUGAGUAACAGAAGCGCCCGGUGUGGUAAUCUUGUGUACACCUUUCCUUUCAAGUGGCAGUUCUCUCUAAUAUGUUCAGCGCAUCAUGUACAAAAUGCCAAAUGCUUUUUUGUGACACUCAGAAUAUGCUGCGUCAUGGUGAACUCAUGGUCUCAUAUGCUUUGCUCGGAUAAAAUAAAUUCAUUGUUGUUCGUU